UGUUAAUAGUUAUCGGAGUUGUGGAUUUUCCAAAGUAUGAAUGGGUUUGAAUUGAUUACAUUUAUCAUCUAAGCAAAGUUAAAAGCAUUAUUACUAGUAAGCCUUAGCCUGUAUUCAUUCCAAUUGCUUUAAUCAUCAUGACUACAACCUUUCUUGUUUGUUUUUAUCUCGGCUGUGCUUAUACAUAGCGUACAAUCGAGUUGAUACAAUUCAUGAACUAUCAAAAAUUGGUUGCGAGAUUCAUGAACUAUUCAUUCGAGAUUUGGGUUGUGCGAUCGGCUCGACUUAAAGAAAAAGAAGUCAUGCACUUGCAAUUUUAUCUUGACAACUUAUCUUUCGGCACAAUUACUUAUAAAGCAGAAAUUAUGUAAUCAUCAUCACUUAUGAACUAACAACACUUAAAAGACCCAUACAUUUCUUACCUCCUACGUCAAUCAUCACUAUCCUCUAAAACAUUUAUAAAAACACACGCACAUAACCACUACAUCAUAUUCUCUCUACUUUCCUCUAAAUAACAAAAAAACUUCAAACAGACAUCUAAUUCUUUAAGUAUGGGUAUCAGAAUGUUCUUAUUUUGGGUCCUCACACUUGCCAUUGCUCUAAUUUCCAUUAUAAUCUCACUUCAUUCAUUUCCUUCUUCUCCUUCACAAAUCACUCCCAUAGUCACUCCUAUAGCUUCUCAAGCUACAUUUCAACUUGGUAUUCUCAAAAGGGUGUUGAAGAAAACCGGUUUCGACGAGGUUUUAUCUAUGAUCCUGUCCGCUGGACAUCACCACCAUCAUCACCCGCACCACCACCACCAUAGAAGGAAGGUCAAAUGUAACAAGACAACAUGGGAAUCUAGGAUUGUAUAUAGAUUUAGAACACUAAUAUAUCAUUUUAGAGUGUCUGAUAUAUUUACAGUUGAUUUAAGAGGUUGUGGAAAUUUUAGUAGUGUUCAAAAAGCUGUUGAUUUUGUUCCAAAUUUUAGUCCAUCUCCAACACUCAUCAUAAUCGACUCUGGUACUUACAGGGAGAAGGUGGUAGUGCAUGUUAACAAAACAAACAUAAUAUUUCAAGGACAAGGUUAUCUGAACACUGCAAUAGAAUGGAAUGACACUGCAAAUUCCACCGGAGGAACUGUUUAUAGUGCUUCAGUUGCCAUUUUUGCACCUAAUUUUACUGCUUACAAUAUUAGCUUUAAGAACACAGCUCCUGAGCCAAAUCCAGGAGAAGUGGGAGGGCAGGCAGUGGCAGUAAGAGUGGAAGGAGAUCAAGCUGCAUUUUAUGGAUGUGGAUUUUAUGGAGCUCAAGACACUCUUCUUGAUGAUCAUGGAAGGCAUUAUUUUAAACAUUGCUUUAUUCAAGGCUCUAUUGAUUUCAUUUUUGGCAAUGCUAGAUCUCUUUUUGAGGAUUGCACAAUAAAUUCCAUAGCAAAAGUUGGAAAAGGAGGAGUGAGUGGAUCAAUAACAGCUCAAGCAAGAGAAUCAGAGAGUGAAGAAACUGGAUUUUCUUUUGUGAAUUGCACCAUUAAUGGAACUGGCAAAAUAUGGCUGGGAAGAGCAUGGGGUGCUUAUGCAACUGUCAUCUUCUCCAACACAAACAUGUCCGAUCUUAUUUCUUCCGAUGGCUGGAAUGAUUGGAGAGACCCUUCUCGAGAUAGGACAGUGUUGUUUGGAGAGUAUAAUUGUUGUGGAGAUGGAGCUAACUCCACAAAUAGAGUAGCUUAUUCCAAACAAUUAACUCAAUAUGAAGCAGCUCCCUACUUGACUAUUUCUUAUAUUGAUGGAAAUCAGUGGCUUCUUCAUCAUCAAAAUUAUCUCUACACCUUUCUGCCCGACGACGACGACGAUAUCGAUGAUGGCGGCGAGCAUGGAAUUCAAGAAGUUAUACAGACUUACUAAUGUAUUAUCCUAUAAUAAUACAAUAGUUGAUUCAGAGAGAAACAUAUGUUAUUUUAGGUUUCAGAAAAUUUAAUGACGUAAAUCGAAAGGGAUAGUUGUUAAAUUUACUGUAUAAUUAUUGUAAAUUUAACUUAUUGAUGAAGGGUAUAAUGAAGACUUGCAA